UUUUUAAAUCGAUUACGAAUCGUGUGCUGGUAGUGCCUUAAUUAGAAGUAGUGGUGUUAAUUUGAAGAAUCGAAAAUGGCCUUCAAGUUGGUGAUCGUAGCUCUGACCCUAAUGGCGUGCACAUACGGCAAGGUUUUCUACAACUUACGACCAAUCAGGGUGGUUCACUCCGACCUGCAGCCCGCCGCCACUAUCGUGCACCAAGAGCCUAAACUCAGCUACGAACACCACCAUAUCUCGGAAGAUGAACACGUUGAUUAUUAUGCAUACCCAAAAUACGUCUUCAAAUAUGGCGUGAAUGACUUCCACAGUGGGGACAUUAAGACUCACCAUGAAAGUCGCGACGGCGACGUUGUCAAAGGUCAAUACACAGUGGUUGAGCCCGACGGCUCCAUCCGCACAGUGGACUACACAGCCGACAAGCACAAUGGUUUCAACGCCGUGGUCCACAAGACCGCCCCUAUUUCACCCCAUGAGGCUGCCCAUUGUUUGUUCAUUUGUUCAGUAUCAGUGUUUGGUAAAAUGUGUCGUUGUUUGUGCUUGAUUUUGGCGGUAUGCGUAGGAGUGUCGGUGGCUGCGCCGAAAAUUCCGGCGUCGGGGCGCGUGUAUAUUGGCCCUGGUUAUGAUUAUUAUGAUACGCCAAGAUAUGCUUUCAACUACGGCGUAGCAGAUCAUACGACGGGCGACGUGAAAUCACAACAUGAAACCAGAGACGGGGAUGUGGUUAAAGGGCAAUAUUCACUAGUAGAACCCGACGGUUCAAUCCGCACCGUGGACUACACAGCGGACCCGGUCCAUGGUUUCAACGCGGUGGUCUCCAAGACCGGACCGAACUUCCAUGCGGCCCCUGCACCACCCCGGCAGCAGAUACAGCCGGUUUACUACCCGAAGCCUGUACCAGUGCCCGUUGAAGUUCCUGUUGAAGUGCCUGAGUACUAUGCUCAGCCGAUAUACCCUUCGGCUGCACCAUUUUUAUUCUCCAAAGCAGGAGAGCCACAGUUUGACUACGGUGGAUUUGAAUUUGACGGACCUUACCCUCAACCGCAUAAUUUGAUAAUUUAGAGUUCAAUGUAUUUAUUUAUUUUUAGUCUAAAUAAUUUUAGAUGUAAGAAAAUGUAUUGUUAGUGCCACAGAUUCAUUUCCAUGAGAAUUUAGUUUAAUAAUGGCCAGUAUUAGUGAGUCAAGUUGGAUUAGGAGCGAAAAAAUGCAUAUUUUAAUUAUUUAAAAUUAAUUUUUCGAAACGUAUAUCUGUGUAUAUUCGUCAUUAUUUUGUCGUCACUUAAGUUAUUAUUUUUUCUUAAGAAGAAUUUGAACCGAUUACUGACUUGAGAUGUAUAUUGUAUAUUAGUUAUGAUAUGUAGGUCUUAUCUUGUAGAUAAAAAGUAAAACAGUUGUAAAUAAAUAAAUUCAUGAACCCUGUAUGCAUUUGUGAUAGAUAAAGUUGGCCAAUAGUUCCUGAAAUUGUAAUAUUAAUACCUACCUAAACUCAUGAUAUUCCUCUGCAAAGUGCAAAAGCACGUUAUGCUAAAAAAAUAAGUAAACUCAUUUUGACCAAUAGACCAGCCAAACAAUAUGCACUGUCAUUAAGCGUGGCAAUGCAGCCAGCCUUUUGGGCACGAUCACCGUUUUGAGUUUUGUUUUUGGGACUUAUUAAAAGAUUCUUCCGUUACCUAUUUUAUUUUCCUCAAAAUCUGUACAUUAUAUUUUAAAAUAAACUAAAUCUAUAUUUACACAAAAUAAAAGAUUAAAUAAAGUUAUAAAUUAAUUUUAUGCUCCGAGAUAGACGGCGACGAUUGCCAAAGAUUUUCCUCUAUGUAUUUCCAAACCUGUGCCCCUGCAUUCAAUAUCGAGGCAUUACUUAAGUCGCCUUUUCCAGUGUAGACUUUUACUAGGCACUAUUAUUUUCAGCUUAACUAACUAACGCCUAUCAGAUUAUGUAAGCAAUGUUUAUAGAAUAAAGUGCUAUGUGAAAACUACAAGGCGUUGAGAUAUUAAUUUGGCUUUUUUUUUAUUUAUAUAGUGGUUAUAAGUGAAGUACCUUGUGGCUCUUAACUAGGUUUUUUUAACAGAUUCGAAGUACUAAGAUUUGUGGUAACUAACAGUUGACACAUGACAGGACCCAGUAUGUUCAGUGGGGAAUGAUGAUUUUUUAACAUUGUCUUGAAUCACUCAUGUUAUGAAUAUGAAUAUACAACAGAGUA